CCUCACUCUUAAUGCUGCAUAUUGCUGUUUGCACUUCAACAGAGUCAGUGUUUCCUGAUUUAGUCAGUCAGCGCUGUCUCCCGUUCUCUGAGUCUCUAUUCUUCUUGUGUGGGAGGCUCUUUGUAGGACAUUUUUGUUGCUUUGGAGGAAGAGUUAUUGCAGAGGUGAGGUGACGGAUGCUGACACAAUACUUGCUUUCUCUGAUCUACAUGGCGGAUGAUGUUUCAUCACACCUGCAAACCUGAUGAAUUCACCAGACUGACUUAAACAGGGAUCAAUCAGACAAUUCAAGGAAAUGAACACCUCACAUCAUCAAGGACUGCAUCAUUCGUUUCGGAACCACAGCCAGGGAGCUCUGCCGGUGGGAAAACCCUCUCAAGGUGACAGAGGAUCGGCUUCUGGAUGCUACGAGCAGCUGCUGAUCUCCACGGAGGUCUUCCUCACGCUCGGCCUGGUCAGCCUCCUGGAGAACAUUCUAGUGAUUGCGGCCAUCGUCAAGAACAAGAACCUUCAUUCGCCCAUGUACUUCUUUAUCUGCAGCUUAGCUGUAGCAGACUUGUUAGUGAGUGUCUCCAAUGCUUCGGAAACAGUCGUGAUGGCGCUCAUCACUGGAGGCAACCUGACCAACCGUGAGAGCAUCAUCAAGAACAUGGACAAUGUUUUUGAUUCCAUGAUCUGCAGCUCUCUGUUGGCUUCCAUUUGGAGUUUGUUGGCCAUCGCGGUGGACCGCUACAUCACGAUCUUCUAUGCUUUGCGCUACCACAACAUCAUGACCCAGCGGCGGGCGGGCACCAUCAUCACCUGCAUCUGGACCUUCUGCACAGUCUCCGGCGUGCUCUUCAUCGUGUAUUCAGAAAGCCCAACUGUUCUCAUCUGCCUCAUCAGCAUGUUCUUCACCAUGCUGGCGCUCAUGGCCUCGCUCUACGUCCACAUGUUCCUUCUAGCCCGGCUACACAUGAAACGGAUCGCUGCCUUACCUGGAAAUGGCCCAAUCUGGCAGGCGGCGAAUAUGAAGGGCGCCAUUACCAUCACUAUCCUACUGGGGGUGUUUGUGGUGUGCUGGGCGCCCUUUUUCUUGCACCUCAUCCUCAUGAUCUCCUGCCCGCGGAAUCCUUAUUGUAUCUGCUUCAUGUCGCACUUCAACAUGUAUCUGAUCCUCAUUAUGUGCAACUCGGUCAUAGACCCGCUCAUAUAUGCCUUCAGAAGCCAAGAAAUGAGGAAGACCUUCAAGGAGAUCUGCUGCUGCUGGUAUGGACUUGCAUCUCUGUGUGUAUAAGUGCCAAUUUUAUUCUGACAGCACUUAGCAACUGGAUGAUGCUGAGAAUGGGGUGUAUGGUAAUUCUACUGGGCAGA